AUGGCGCUAGUGAUGUUGCCAUGCGAUCUUCCUUGGUGGACCUCUGUGCAGCGACAUCUGAAGCAUCUCCUAUUAGCUUCAGCGCCGCACAAGCUCACUGCCAGCAUGUUGAAAAUUCACGAUAUGUGCAACAUAGGCAUAGAUCCAGAUGAUGACAUCAAAGACCCAGAGCUGAUGAAAGGGCUGGAACAGUUCCUGGACGAGGAGAUGACUGAGGAAGAGCGCAGAAACUUCCUGGACAACACCAUCAGGAUAAUGGUGAACAGAGCCUUGCAUUUGAAGAAGUGGCGACCGCCUAAAGGGCUCGUGUUCAGCUUGCAACAGCAAAGUGAUGUAACAGAACUGGAUUACAAUUUCGUGUCGUCCUUAAUUGCUCAUGCGUUUUUCUCAACUUUUCCAAAGAGAACGCUCAAAACGCACCCAACGCUCCAAGAUUUCAAUUUCACGCAUUUUUUUAAGAAUUUACAUAGGAAAUCACAGAGGAAUAAGUUAAAAAGCUUGCUGCAUUAUUUUGAGUGGUUAGAUAAACAUAGUACAGAUGGUUGUAUUAAAAUAAGCCGUCAGGUUAUGACUUCGAAACAAUGGUUGACUAUUGAAGACUGGUUAGAGUGCACUUUGCCUCUGUGCAAACUGCUUGUGAGGCACGAAGGAAGACCUGAGAGGUGCGAGAACGAUGAUGCGAUCAGGGUCUGCUUCGCGUCGAGUAGGAUUGGUGGAGAAGUUUUGAUCGACGGGGAAUCACAGGAAUCGCUAGCGAUGUUCAUGAUGCCGGAACUUCUACCAGCGAUGCUGUCGGUGGAGGCGCUCGAAGACAACGAGGUCCUAAAAGUGGAAGGCGUCAGAUUAUUUAGUAGGAUUUGCGAUAAGAGACAAAAGACGAAGAUUGAACUCCUUGAGGAACCGAAAACGGUAACAGUAUGUCUUAUGGACGCAGAAGAUUACAGCAAAUUGCCUUUGGGACAAUGGGAAGAAGACAACGUAUUAAGAGAAAUGAAUAAGUGUCUACUAGCUUUCCAACAAACGCCAAUGAAAAGUCCCAGACACGAGAGAAGACUUUCACCAAUAGGUGAAUCAUUCAGCCACACGCCUCCAGAAGUGGAAGCGACAGUGGUCGUGAAACAAGCCUCCUCCUGUAGCACAAUUAACAGCUUCAACAGCAGAAGUCCGUCGCCGCAAAACUACUGCGCGGCUACAAUAAACCUUAACGAUCCUAGUGUCGAACUAACAAAACGAAAAUGUUGGCUCUCCCCCGACACGGACACGCUAAACAACCGACGGGGCAGGUUCAUCGUGCUAGGCUCUUCGGGAGAGUGUCUGCCGGUAACCAGGAGCCCGGGGCUGCCGACCCUCGACACGCAGGAGGACAGCCUCUAUUCCAGCUGCAACUCCAGCGAUGACGAGUACCACAGCGCUAACGACAGCUUCGAUUAUGGUGGCAGCGAAGACGAAGGCAGAGGCGAGAGCGCCCGGCCCAAUUCAUUCCAAUACUCCAAAGACCUGUCUACGGAGGAGCGACGAAUGAGCUUCGCGGACCGCCUGCGCGACGCGUUGCGACGUGAAGCUGAGAACUCCUGCACCACCAGUACCACCGGUGACUGGUCCACCGACAGCUCCAGCUACGCGGUCGGCGUCAGCAUCUCCGGGGCGGGGGUUCACGACAGCGAUAUCAAAGUCAAACGUGGGGGUUCCGUGGGCUUUGUGCUAACUGAAAAAGAGACUAUAAGCAACGGCUGCGACCCGUGUCCGAGACGUCGACCGUUGGGCAGGAAGGAAACAGGAAAUAGUUCCAAAUACAGUUUCAGCACUGAAUACACAUCAGAAUUAGAAGAGGUUUACGAGCAAUUUAAUCAGUGGCUAAACGAUCCAAUUGUAGAGUCGACUUCUGGAGAACAUAAAGCACGGGAAUUGGACUCCCGAGAUUUGGCUGUGAUAAGAUUCGCGGGGUCACUACUGAAGCGCACCCUGAGUGAAUCUAUGGCGUGCGAUUUGCCCGGCGUGGGGUCAGAAGGGGCCGCGGAAGCCGCUGAGCUGUACGGGCGGGACGGACGCGACCGCGCUGCACCGCGCCGUCUGGCACUCGCCGCGCGCUCUCUGUCGCUUGAGCUGGCACGCCACCGGCAUCGCCUCGCCGCGCAACUGAAACGUAAAGUUAAAGAGUGUAUCCCGGAAGAGAUACUAGAAAGCAGCAAGAUAAGAGACGCAGAUGUGGCGGAGACAAGCAGUAGACAUUGCUCAGAGUUCAGCACCUCAACCGAAUCGUGCAAUACGCAAAUAUCUAAUCCUGCCGUUAGGAAGAAAAAAUUGAAUUGGGUGAUAAACAUGAUCGUCGAAACGAUCGAAGAGAACGUCAUAUGCGAACCGGUCACUGUAAAACUAAAGAAACCAAAGCUGAGCCAAUUGGCGCACAAAAUCGUGUCAGGUGGUUCCAACCGGCCGGUGGCGACUGGAAAUUGGGGCUGCGGCAGCCGACAGCGCGGGCACGCCCAGCUCAAGAUGCUACUGCAGUGGCUCGCGGCCAGCGUGGCUGGAGUACCCGCCCUCAUCUACUACACCUUCGGGAAUGAGAAGCUGUUCAAGCUAGAUACCCUGGUUCGAGUGAUAGUAGACAGAAAGUGGACAGUUGGUCAGCUAACGCGAGCGGUGCUCAAAUUCGCCCGGCAGACGCUACACGAGCCCCACGUGAUACCCGACAACCACUCACUGUUUGACGAACUAAUCGGCAUCGAGAAGACACCAGACGACACAUAG